AUGGUCUUUCACUGGAUCCCCCUCUUGGGUUCAUCAGCUGCGUACGGUCGGGACCCUGUCAGGUUUUUACAGGAUUGCCAGGAAAAGUACGGCAAUGUUUUCACGUUCAUCCUACUCGGUAGACGUGUUACCGUUACGCUUGGUUCGAAGGGGAAUGAUUUUGUGCUUGGCGGGAAACACACGAUCCUAGCCGCAGAAGAUGUAUACGCGUCUUUGACCAAGCCCGUGUUUGGCGAAGGCGUCGUUCAUGACUGUCCCAAUGAGCUGCUCAUGGAGCAGAAGAAAUUCGUCAAGUACUCUCUUACAAUAGACAACUUCCGUUCUUAUGUCGGCAUGGUGGAGGACGAAGUUUUGGAGUUCAUGCGUAGCGAUCCAGAGUUCCGCGUAUUCCAGAAGACCGACAACAAGGAGUGGGGGUCGUUCAACCUGCUCAAGGUUCUAAGCGAGAUUACCAUCCUGACUGCUUCGAGGACGCUGCAGGGUAAAGAGAUCCGGGAAAAUAUGGACAAGGGCUUCGCGCAGUUAUUCCAUGACCUUGACAACGGCUUCACACCGCUGCAUUUCAUAUUUCAGAAUUUGCCUCUGCCCAGUUAUUGGAAGAGAGAUGCUGCCAAUGCCAAGAUGACUAAAUUUUACCAGCAGAUCUUGCAAAACCGCAGAGUCACUGGUGAAGAUCCUGAGGAUGUGAUGUCUUCUCUUGCAAAGGAGAGCUAUCGUGAUGGCCGUCCCCUUGAGGACUAUGAAAUCGCACAUAUCAUGAUCGCCCUGCUGAUGGCUGGUCAGCACACCAGCUCUUCCUCAAGUGCAUGGACCCUCCUACGACUGGCUGACAAUCCCGAUGUUGCCCAAAAACUUUAUCAAGAACAAGUGGACCACUUCUCCGCCCCCGACAGACGUCUCCGCGACAUGACUUACGACGAGAUGCGCAGCUUGCCAAUCUUAGACGCCGUCAUCCGUGAGACCCUUCGUCUACAUCCUCCCAUCCACAGUAUCUUCCGUAUGGUCCGCAGUGCCCUCCCCAUGCCGCCGUCCCUUGCUGCACCUUCGGAAGAUUCUGUGUACGUCGUCCCCAAAGGCGACAUUGUUCUGGCCUCACCCGCAGUCAGCCAAGUCGACCCUACAUUGUGGAAGGAUGGGGUGAAGUGGGAACCAUCACGGUGGCUCGAUGUGGAUGGCUUUGCGGUACGUGCGCAAAAGAGCUACGAUGACGAGUCCAAAGUGGAUUUCGGCUUUGGACUCGUCAGCAGGGGUACGGAAAGUCCGUACUUGCCCUUCGGUGCUGGUCGCCAUAGGUGUAUCGGAGAGCAGUUUGCUUAUCUUCAGGUCGGAGCUAUUAUCACGACGUUCAUUCGCAACAUAGAAUUCCGGCUGGAGGAACCAUUUCCCAAGUCUGAUUACACCUCGAUGAUGGUCCAGCCGUUUCCUUGCCAUAUUGCUUAUCGCCGGAGGAACCUUGGCUCGGCGUCCACGCAAUGUUGA